AUGAAAAUAUUGCUUUACCUGUUGGCCCUUGUGCCUUGGAUAGCUGGUCAGCCGGCGGAAUUAUAUCCUUCCAUUGAUCCUAACCAUUAUGGAGCUGAUGGAAAUCCAUGUUAUGACAAGGAAACUAAGAAACCUCAGCGAUGUGUUCCUGACUUUAUUAAUGCAGCUUUCAACUUAGAAGUAGAAGUUACUAACACUUGCGGAGAACGCUAUCCAACAAAAUUCUGUGUUCAAUCUGGAAGAUCUGGUAUGCGAAGUGUAUGCGACAGCUGUGAUGCUAGACAUCCUGCCUUUGCUCAUCCAGCCAAAUAUCUCACAGACUUCAAUAAUGCCAAUAACGAGACAUGGUGGCAAUCUGAGACAAUGAAGGAGAACAUGCAACAUCCUAACACAGUUAAUCUCACUCUAACCUUAGGAAAAACUUUUGAUAUCACUUACGUUCGUUUGAAAUUCAUUUCACCUCGGCCAGAGUCUUUCGCUAUCUUCAAGAGAACCACACUCGAUGAUGAUUGGGUUCCAUGGCAAUACUACUCUGGUUCUUGUCGUUCCACUUUUGGACUUCCCGAGAAAGCUCCAAUUCUUCCCGGAAAUGAAGCUGUUCCACAAUGUACUAAAGAAUUCUCUGAUAUCUCUCCCAUAACAGGAGGUAACAUUGCCUAUUCCACCUUGGAAAACCGUCCCAGUGCCCAUGCUUUCGAAGACAGUGAAGUGUUGCAAGAAUGGGUCACUGCUUCUGCUAUCAAGAUUGUUCUCACCAGAAUGAACACUUUCGGAGAUGAAGUCUUCGGUGACGAGCAAGUACUCCGCAGUUAUUUCUACGCCAUUUCUGAUUUUGCUGUUGGUGGUCGUUGCAAGUGUAAUGGUCACGCUUCUGAAUGUGUUCGUUCUGCUUCUGUUGAAGGAGAUUCUCAACUGGUCUGUCGUUGUGAGCACAACACUAUGGGUCCCGACUGUAAUGAAUGUCUUCCAUUCUAUCAAAGUCGUCCAUGGCUUGCUGGAACAUCGACUGAAGCCAAUGAGUGCGUUGCUUGCAACUGCUCUCAACUUUCAAGUCGUUGUCAUUUCGAUCAAGAUCUAUACGAGCGCACUGGAGAUGGUGGUCAUUGUUAUGAUUGUCAAGGAAACACUAUGGGUGUUCAUUGUGAAACUUGUGUUGGUGGACAUUGGCGUCGUCCAGGGGAUAACUACUGCGUUCCAUGCGGAUGUAGUGAGACUGGUUCCAUCUCAACUCAAUGUGAUGACCAAGGACAAUGUAUUUGCAAGCCUGGAGUUGGUGGAAAGCACUGCGAUCAAUGUCUGGAUGGGUACUAUGAUUUUGGACCAAACGGUUGCAAGGAUUGCAUCUGUGAAGUUGGUGGCUCAUACAACAACCAGCCUCUUUGUGAUCCAAAGAGUGGAACCUGCUCUUGCAAAUCUAAUGUCGAAGGUAGACAAUGUAACAAAUGUAAACCAGGAUACUUCGACUUAUCUAUUGACAACCAGUUUGGAUGUACUCCAUGCUUCUGCUAUGGACAUUCUUCCAUCUGUACAACAGCCGACGGUUACUACGCUAUGAACAUAUCGACUCAGUUUGAAUCAGAUAAGCAAAAAUGGGGUGCUAUUUCCCAAAUGGGAUUCCAAGAUGCUCAAUGGACUGAAUUAGAUCAUGCAGUUGCUGUUUCUGAUGUCAAUGGGGCUCCUGUAUAUUUCAAUGCUCCUGAGCAGUUUUUGGGAGACCAGAGAAGCUCAUACAAUCAAGAUCUUCUUUUCACGCUACGAGUUUCUCAGCCUGGAGCUCGGGCUAGCGCUCAAGAUGUGGUUAUCGUUGGAGGAGGUGGUCAAGAACUAUCUUUAGCUAUCUUCGCUCAGGAAAAUCCAGUUCCCAGUUCCCGACCACAGCAAUAUCGUUUCCGUAUUCACGCCGAUUCUAUGUUCCAAUGGAAUCCUCGACUAAAUGAACUUGACUUCAUCGGAGUACUCUCAAACGUUACCGCUCUUAAGAUCCGUGGAACUUAUCAACACAAAGAUCUUGGCUUCCUCUCAGACGUUCAUCUCGGAACUGCUGGAUUAGCUCCAUCAGAAACCGAUCCUAGAGAUGCUAAAUGGGUGGAGAGUUGUGAUUGCUUGGAAGGAUUUGUUGGACAGUUCUGCGAGUCUUGUGCCCCAGGUUUCCGACGCGAACUCAAGUUUGGCGGUCCAUUCAACAGAUGUAUUCAAUGUGACUGUCAUGGACAUUCCACCAGUUGCGAUGCUGAAAGCGGAGCUUGUAUUUGCGAACAUGACACCGCUGGAGAUUCUUGCGAGCGUUGUGCCCGUGGUUUCUACGGAAAUGCUUUAGCUGGAACAGAAAAUGAUUGUGAAAAAUGUCCUUGCCCUGACGAUGGCCCUUGUAUCCUGCACACGGAUGGAGAUGUCAUUUGCACUGAAUGUCCUGCUGGAUAUACUGGAAGAAGAUGUGACGAAUGCUCUGAUGGCUAUUUCGGAAAUAAAAAAGAAGACAUUGACUGCCAAGAGUGUGCUUGUAACGACAACAUCGACCCUAACUCAAUUGGAAACUGUGACAAAAUCACCGGAGAGUGUAAGAAGUGUAUUUUCAACACUUUCGGAUUCCAUUGCGAGAAAUGUAUUGCUGGAUAUUGGGGAGACGCUCUUGCAGAGCCUAAAGGAGAUUGUAAAGCUUGCAUGUGUCAUCCUCCCGGAACUCGUCGUCCAUCGAACGAUUACACUGUUCUUGAAUGCUCUCAAACUGAUGGUCAGUGUGAGUGUCUUCCUCAUGUUGUUGGACACAGAUGUGAUGAAUGCGAAGUUGGAUUCUUCAAUAUCACCUCUGGUACUGGUUGCGAAGCUUGUGAAUGUGAUGCCCUUGGAUCUGUCAAUGCCACAUGCGAUGUUCAAACUGGACGAUGCCAGUGUAAGCCUGGAGUUACAGGAAGAAGAUGCGACCAAUGUGCUCCUUACCACUUUGGUUUUGGACCUGCCGGCUGUCAACCUUGCGACUGUGAACCCAUUGGUUCGGAAAGUGCCCAAUGUGAUCCUGCAACAGGACAAUGUCUCUGCCGUGAUCAUAUUGAAGGACGUCGUUGUGACCAAUGUAUUGAAAACAGAUACGAUAUUAGAGCUGGUUGUCUGCAGUGCGAUGAUUGCUAUACUCUGAUUCAAACACGCGUCAAUGAUUUCCGUGCAUCUGUUAAAAGUUUGGAUAACACCCUCAGAGAGAUAAUUGAAAAUCCAGCUCCGGUCAACGACACCGCAUUUGAUGAUAAAGUGAAAGAAGUUGCUGAUGAAGUUCAGAAGCUGGCUAACACUGUUACUGAGAAAUUAGCUGCUGACGAUUCUCAACUAGUCGGCCAAGUUGCACAGUUGAAGAAAGAUAUUUCUGAAGCUCUUCGUAACGUUAAAAGUGUUGAUGAAAUGAUCGCUGGUGCCAAAGGAAAGGUCGAAGAAACCGAGACAGGAUUGAAACGUUGGAAGAUCAUUAACGAACAAGCUAGAAAUGAACUUCAAAAUGCUAUGCAUUACCUGGAAACUGAAGGCGCAACUCAAUGGGAGUUAGCCAAAGAAGCUUCUAAGAAGUACGGAGAGCAAAGUCAACGGAUGUCUACACUUGCCCAUAAGACUCGUGAAGAAGCAGAUAAGCAUGAGAAACAGGCUACUGAUAUUGAGAAGCUUGCUCAAGAGGCCAAUGCUUCUGCCAAGCAAGCUCAUAAAGAAGCUCAAGACGCUAUCUAUGGAGGUGAACAAAUUUCUAACCAAAUCGCUGACAUGAAGAAUAAGCAAGCUCAAUUGAACGAGACCCUUACUAGAACACUGGAUCUUGCUGAAGAACAGAAGAAAACCGCUUCUGCUGCCAAUGAAGCUGCUGCUGAAUCUUUGGCUAACGUCGAUAGUUUGAGACUACCAAAUAUUGAUCCUAAAGCCCUCAAAGCUGAAGCUGAAGCUAUAUCUAACGAAUCAAAACAAGCUAUUGAAAACACCAAAAAGGUAGCGGAAGAUAACGAAUCUCUUCUUGAAGAAGCUGAGCGUGUUAUUGCUGAAGCUAAGAAUGAACUUUCGAGUGCUGAAGAACAGCAAAAGCUGGCUGAUCAGCUCUUAGCUGAUGCUGAUGAAGCUAGAGACCGUGCUCAUGAAGCUUUGAAAGUGGCUGAAGAAGUUUUGAAAGAUGCUGAACAGACAUUGCAAACCUUGAAUGAAUUCAAUGAACGCGUCGAGAAAUCUAAGGCAGCCGCUACUGAGCAACUGAAACAGUUGGACGAGAUCGAAGAGAACAUCAAGAAGGCUGAAGAAACUACAGUUAAGGCUGUGAACGCUAUCGGAUCCGCCGCCGAUGACGCUAGAGAUGCUAAAGAAUUAGCAACGAAAGCAGGAGAAGACGCUAAAUCCGUAUCGGAUGCUGCUGACUCUUUGAGGCAGAACGCAACACUCUCGAAGAACUCUGCCGAAAAUUUGAAAUCCGAAGUUCAAUCACUUAUUGAUGACUUACAAGAAACUUCUACAUCUUUGGAAGCUUACAAAACUCAAUCUGAAACUGAUAAACAGUUAGCUACAGAGGCUGUACGUAGAGCUUCAUUAGCCGAGAAAGCAGCUAGAGAAGCCAACAACACUGUGGCUAGCGAAGCAGAUAACAUCAAGAAGGUUAUAGACCGUUUAAGUGCAUUAGAAGCUGUUAAUACAGCAGAAUUAGAUGAAUUGGAGAAUGAAAUUGAUACGAUUGAGAACAUUCUCUCCAAAGCGGACCUAGAAAGCCAGUUGGCUGAAUUCAAGAGCUUCAAAAGUGAAGAAAAUAGAAGAAUAAUAUUAAUAAAAAAUGAAAUUGAUUUCUUGUCUAAGGAGGUUCGAAACCUCGAGGAAAUUCGGGAUGCUCUACCCAUUAAAUGCUUUAACCAAGUUCGAUUGGAACAGGAGGGGCAGAAGAAGCGAAAAUAA